AUGUCUCGUCUACACCUUUUCAGUCAACUGAUCCAGCCAUCUGGUUUGUCUAUGGGAGGCUGUCCUGUUGUUGGUGAGGACUCUGCCUCUGGGGUGCUCAUCUUUGAAUAUGCACUGCAGGACUGCAAUAGUGUGCUGAUGAUGACCAAGGAUGAGCUCGUCUACACCUUUUCAGUUACCUACACCCCUGUGGCAUUUGCUGGCACGCCGAUUACCCGUACUGAGGGUGCAGUUGUUGGUGUUCAAUGCCACUAUCAAAGGCUCCAUAAUGUGAGCAGUAACGCUUUGAGGCCAACUUGGGUUCCUCAUGCUUCAAUGGAGGUUGGCGAGGAUGUCUUGGUGUUCUCCAUGAACCUCAUGAUGGAUGACUGGUCCUUUCAGAGGCCUUCAAAUGUGUACUACUUGGGUGACAUUAUUAAUAUUGAGGUAUCUGUGAAGGUGUACAACCAUGUCCCACUGCGUGUGUUUGUGGACCGCUGUGUGGCCACCCAAGUACCUGAUGUGACUUCUGCUCCGAGAUAUUCCUUCAUUGAGAAUCAUGGGUGCCUUGUGGAUGCCAAGGCUACGGCUUCCAGCUCCCACUUCUUGCCUCAAACCCAGGAAGACAAGGUCCGGUUCCAGCUGGAGGCUUUCAUGUUCCCGGGAGGAUCCAGUCCUUCUAUUUACAUGACGUGUACUGUGAAGGCCACUCUUGCUUCUGCACCCAGUGACGCUCUCCACAAAUCUUGUUCCUUUUCCAACGAGUGGCUUGCUGCUGAUGGGAACCACCAGGUUUGUGCUUGCUGUGACUCAACAUGUGGUCCUGCUGGGGGAAGUGAUGCUCCUAUUGGGGGUGUUCAGUGGGAAGGCAAGGCCUCACUCGGUCCUGUAAUGUGCAACUGUGCACAUAUGAUUUGA